AUGUCGAGUCUUACGGAGCUUUCUGAGGAUGCCGCCCACGUCCGUGACUUCGAGGUCCGCGAAUACAUGGAGCAGAUGGACCUCGGAGCCAAUUCGGUUUUCUCACCGAGGCUGCUGCAUAUUGACAAGACGGGACAAUGGCUAAGUGCCUCAGAUAACAUGAACUUGGAGGAGGUCUACUCAGAAUGCGCCAACGCCCAGCUAAAUUUGACAGCGAGAAUUAACAAGUAUCUUGAGAAAUCUAAGCAGCCCCCUAUCAACCUCGAGGCCAAUGGAAGCUGGGAUGACGUCAAAUCUCAAAUGGAAAAAGCUUGUGCAGUACUUGACAGUGUUCUCUCCAAAAAGAAGAAAAGACCCGGACUGACAGGCGCAAUCCGACGAGGAUUUGAUGUGCUCUGUCGGAAUGCGGGAGCGGGCAAGGCCCUGAUAUCAAUAAUUCCUAGUGACUUGAUGAUUGCAUCUGCUGUCUCCGGCGGCCUGAAUGUAAUAUUUGUCGCACUCGAGCAACACGGCAUAUACGAGGAAUCCGUCUUCAAUGCCUUGGAGAGCUUACCCGAAGUUUUGAACACCAAUGAAAUGUACAGCAAAAUCGCUGUGAAUGAUACGGGAGUUCACCGCUUGACUGCUAGACUGUACGCCCGCGUGUGCGAGGUUAUUGAUUACAUCUUGCGGUGGAUGAUGGACAACAUGCUUGUUUCCGGCGCGAAACAAAUGUUCAGGCCCAAUCGCUAUGCAAAAGACCUCAACGACAAGAUGGCAGAGGUGAGGUUGGCAGCGGAAGCACUUGAAAAGUGGGCGGCCACUCUCUUGCUGCAGAGCCAGAAAAAUAUACACAGCAUGCAGGGUGGGAUGUAUUUUCAGCAAAUGAAGUUCGGACACCAGGUUGAAAAUAUUGAUGAAAAGGUUGACCAGUUGACGUCCAAGGUUGACCGAAUGAACAAGCUUGAGCAUGUUGUACCAAUGGUGUUCAACAGUUUCCACAUCAUGCUCAACGACGAGUGGCAUCGAGUCCACCAACAUCACGACCUACGCAAAUCAAUACCCAAGCAGCUUACGCCUUUGGAAAUUUCAGCAAAAGAUGUCCUUGAGCAGCUGUUAUUUGACCCACAUUUGGUAUUUCAAGAUAUGAAAAAUCUGCUUCGACAAGGGACUUCGAGCCUCAACCGCAAGCUUCAACCACAUCGGCUGCUAGCGAUUCAACAAAAUCCUCGUAUCAAGGCGUGGCUCUCACUCGAUAGUCCGUCACUUCUCCUAUUGAAUGGCAAUUCUACAUCCUACCUUGACCUAUCGACUUCAUUCUUCAGCGCCAAGGUCAUGGACACACUGAUGCAGCAAGCUUCAGAGUCACACAAGAAUAUUGAAAUUAUACCUCUUGCAUAUUUCUGUGGGCAACAUCAGAAUUACAGCCGAGAUGUGGCAGCGAGCCCCGCCGAGCUUGCCAUGAGCCUCCUCCUGCAGCUGGUAAACGGCCACAGGGACUUUGAACCGAAUGUCUUGCAAAGGUGCCUAGAUAAGACAGUCCCUUAUGAUCUUGGGUCUAUAUUUGAGUCGUUCUCACGACUGCUGAACCACCUUCCGGCGGAUGCCAUGGUCUUCGUUAUCAUCGACGGUAUCGAACACUUCAGCAGGCCAGAUGAGAGGAAAAGGGGUUUCUAUGAAGUUCUUAGCCAGCUGGUGCGAUUAUUUCGGGAACAGCGAGAGGCCGAAGUUAAACUACUGUUUGCGAGUGCCCAGAGAGGGAUCGUGCUCGAAGGUUUGGGAUUGCUCAUGGAUAAUGAGAUUGUCGGCAUUCCGAAGAGUCCACCCCCGAGAGCUGUGCCAAAUGACCAGAAAACGUUGAUGGGGCUCUGA